AUGCGGCUAUUGCGCACCACAGAUGUGAUGCUGCGGCGACUAUGCUUCCUACAGCGACGAACGUACGCUGUCGCAAAGACAAAAACAUUUAAAAAGGUGAUGGUGGCGAAUCGAGGAGAGAUUGCUAUUCGAGUAUUUCGAGCUCUUACCGAGUUGGAUAUGACCUCGGUGGCGAUCUACAGUGAGCAGGACAAACAUUCGAUGCAUCGUUUGAAAGCCGAUGAAGCAUAUAUGGUUGGAAAAGGACUGCCACCAGUUGCCGCAUAUCUGGCAAUAGAUCAAAUUAUUGAUACUGCCCUAAAGCACAAUGUGGACGCAAUUCAUCCGGGUUACGGGUUCUUGUCGGAACGUUCCGAUUUUGCAAGAGCUUGCGACGAGGCCGGGAUCACAUUCAUCGGUCCAAGCGCAGAUGUUAUGGCUAGGAUGGGUGACAAGGUUGCUGCUCGCCAAGCGGCUAUCGAGGCUGGUGUCCAAGUGGUCCCGGGAACGGAUGCACCGAUCACGAAAGUGGAAGAGGCGCUCGCCUUUGCCACACAAUACGGUACCCCAAUUAUUCUCAAAGCAGCCUACGGUGGUGGUGGACGUGGUAUGCGUCGUGUGGACCGUAUCGAGGAUCUUCAAGAGAAUUUUAAACGAGCGUUCUCGGAAGCACAAGCUGCAUUCGGUGAUGGAUCGUUGUUCGUUGAGAAAUUCAUUGAAAGACCAAGACAUAUUGAAGUGCAGCUACUUGGAGAUAAUUACGGAAACAUUGUUCAUUUAUGCGAACGUGACUGUUCCGUACAACGACGACAUCAGAAAGUAGUUGAAAUUGCACCUGCUCCAGCAUUCCCAGCUGAAAUUCGAAAAAAAAUCCUUGACGAUGCGUUGCGUAUUGCAAGAUAUGUCGGCUAUCAAAACGCAGGUACUGCCGAAUUUUUGGUGGAUAAAAAGGGGAACUAUUACUUCAUAGAAGUGAACGCUCGUCUACAGGUGGAACACACUGUGUCGGAAGAAAUCACAGGCGUCGACCUCGUACAAGCACAGCUACGAAUCGCAGAAGGGAAAACAUUAGCCGAUUUGAAACUGACACAGGAUAUGAUCGUCCCUCAUGGCGCCACCAUUCAAUGUCGAGUCACAACUGAGGACCCAGCGCGUAACUUCCAACCGGACUCGGGCAGAAUUGAGGUGUUUCGAUCUGGUGAAGGUAUGGGCAUUCGUCUGGAUUCUGCAUCCGCUUUUGCUGGCUCCGUGAUCUCGCCGUUCUAUGAUUCGCUCCUCGUCAAGGUCAUCGCAUCCGCACGAAAUCAUCCGAACGCAUGCGCUAAAAUGAUCCGCGCGCUGAAGGAAUUCCGAAUCCGUGGAGUGAAGACAAAUAUUCCCUUCCUACUCAACGUGCUCUCACAACCAGAAUUCCAUGACGCCUCGGUUGACACGUAUUUCAUCGAUGAACAUCCGGAAUUAUUCGAAUUUAAACCAAGUCAGAAUAGAGCACAAAAAUUGCUCAGUUAUUUAGGUGAAGUACAGGUUAAUGGACCAACAACACCGCUUGCUACUAAUUUGAAACCAGCACAUACUGAUCCGCCGGUUCCACCUAUUCGUCCGGGAUAUGCGAAAACUCAAGCGGAUAUAAAUAUACCUCCACCAAAAGGUCUUCGAGAGGUCCUCGUUAAGGAGGGUCCGGAAGCAUUUGCACGAGCUGUACGACGUGUUCCCGGCUGUAUGAUUACUGAUACAACUUUUCGGGAUGCCCACCAAUCUCUGCUGGCCACACGUGUUCGAACGUACGAUUUGGUGAAGAUUGCACCAUUCGUUAGCUACACAUUCCCUAAACUUUACUCGAUGGAGGAUUGGGGAGGUGCAACGUUCGAUGUAACGAUGCGAUUUUUGCACGAAUGCCCGUGGGAACGACUUGAGACACUCCGUAAGCUGAUACCGAACAUCCCAUUCCAAUGUCUACUACGAGGAGCAAAUGCAGUCGGAUACAGCAACUAUCCAGACAAUGUGAUCAAUAAGUUCUGUGAAUUAGCUGUGAAAUCUGGAAUGGAUGUUUUCCGUGUAUUCGAUUCUCUGAACUAUCUGCCGAAUUUAUUGGUCGGUAUUGAUGCGGUUGGAAACGCUGGUGGUGUGGUCGAAGCCGCAAUUUCCUACACUGGAGACGUUUCGGAUAAGACAAGAACUCAGUACAAUCUUCAAUACUAUCUGGAUCUUGCCGAACAACUUGUUAAAGCUCAAACUCAUGUAUUGUGUAUUAAGGAUAUGGCCGGCGUCCUGAAACCAGAAGCAGCACGAAUGCUGGUCGGUGCACUAAGAGAUAAAUUCCCAGAUAUGCCAAUUCAUAUACACACUCACGAUACCGCUGGAGCUGGUGUCGCAUCGAUGCUCGAAUGUGCAAAGGCCGGAGCUGAUGUGGUGGACGCAGCGGUUGAUAGCAUGAGUGGAAUGACCAGUCAGCCUAGUAUGGGUGCCAUCGUGGCUUCGCUACAAGGAACUAAAUACGAUACAGGCUUGAAUCUGGAUGAUAUUUCCAAGUAUUCUGCUUACUGGGAAUCCACGCGUCAGCUGUAUGCUCCAUUUGAAUGCGCGGUCACAAUGAAGAGUGGAAAUGCGGACGUCUACAAGCAUGAGAUCCCUGGUGGACAAUACACUAACUUACAGUUCCAGGCGUUCUCUCUCGGUCUUGGCAGUCAAUUCGAUGAGGUGAAACGUAUGUAUCGUGAGGCGAAUCUAGCCCUUGGCGAUAUUAUUAAGGUAACACCUUCCUCAAAGAUCGUUGGUGAUUUGGCCCAGUUUAUGGUGCAAAACAAUUUGACUCGGGAAACACUUGUGGAUCGCGCUGAUGACUUAUCGUUCCCGAAAAGUGUGGUGGAAUACAUGCAGGGUCAAAUCGGUCAACCUCCAUACGGAUUCCCGGAACCGUUAAGAACAAAAGUAUUACGUGGAAAAGAAAAACUAAGCCGACGAGCUGGUGAAAAUAUGCCCCCAUUGGAUCUGGAAAAGUUGAAAAAAGACUUGGAAGAGAAACACGGUAGAACGCUAAGAGAACACGAUGUGAUGUCGCACGCUAUGUUCCCAGCUGUUUUCGACGAAUUCGAACGAUUCCGUUCUAUGUACGGACCGGUUGAUAAGCUACCAACAAGGAUAUUCUUCACCGGAUUGGAUAUCGCUGAGGAGGUCGAUGUGGAAAUCGAGAAAGGAAAGACACUCGCUAUCCAAUUACUUGCUGAAGGAAAGCUGAACAAACGAGGAGAACGUGAAGUGUUCUUCUAUCUGAACGGGCAAAUGAGAAGCAUGUUCAUACAGGAUAAGGAAGCAUCUAAGGAUAUUGUGACGCGAGCAAAAGCACUACCAGGAGUGCGUGGAUCGAUCGGAGCACCUAUGCCUGGCGAAAUCCUUGAACUGAAAGUCAAGGAAGGAGAUAAGGUUGUACCCAAACAACCACUAUUCGUCCUUUCUGCAAUGAAGAUGGAGAUGGUAAUAGAUACGCCUAUUGCUGGUACUGUGAAGAAAAUCCAUCUCGCACAAGGCAACAAAUGCCAGGCGGGUGAUCUUGUCGUAGAAGUUGAGCCUUGA